AUGACUGCAGAUGCUGAGGCACAUCACUUUCAAAGUGUCAAAGUGAUGGCAAAGAUUAAACCUGGAGACGCCAUCUUCGAUUUUAUUGAUAAACGCUGGUGUAACUUAAAGCAAGAAUUUAUGAAUCGCGAAAUCUUUCUCAUGCGGCGUCUUGACUACGUAGAUAUGCUUUUAGAAAUUAUUGGCGUUACGGAAGAAUUUCAGGCGAUUUGGAAACUUAUGCAGGAUAGGAGUCCAACGGAAAAUAGUCUCCUAAUUUUGGAAAAUCGAGUAAAUUCUGCAGCGGAAAAGGUGUCAAAACUGUCACCCAAUUGGGGUUUCAUUACAAAAACUAAUGCAGAAUCCAUUGUUGGUCGGCUUUAUGCAAGAUUCCUGGGUUUAAAUUGGAUCAUCCUCUCCGCGUUUCACUCCUACAAGAGAUAUUUCACCGAAAUUGAAAAAUUCCUAGCCCUUUCCCGCAAAGUUUGCAAGAAUUUGGCCACUAUCAAAGGUCAGCUAAGAUUUGUCAACUCACUCUUGAAUUCCAUCGAGAAAGCGUCUUUUGAUCCACUCAGUAGUGGAAGAAAUGAUACGAUUAAUUCACUUUUAAGUAAGGUGAAACUUAUCACUCAUGAAGUAAAUCGACAAACCGUUGAAUACAGCAUUUCAAGUGACUUUACGGGAAAUAAUUUGCAUAAAAAUGAAAAGAAAAGUUCCACAGGAAUGGAACUAUUCACAGUGCAUUCUCAUUCAUCACAAUUAGUGCGAUGUAAAAGUGUGGAAAUAAUCACCGAAGAUAAAAUUGAUUACCUUCCCUCGAGAAUUCGGCGUAACAUCAUUACCAAACGCAUUCAUGAAGAAUUUGAAUUUCAAUAUCUGCAAGAUUUAUACCUUGUACAUGAGCUGAAAUCCAAUUUGCGGGAAAAAAUAGCCUUUCAGAGGGAGAAGAUAGCCGAAAAGCAGGUUCACCUUUUCAAGCAGUCUGAAUAUCUGCAAGAGAGGCUAUCGGGUCUGCAAUCUGUGGUUGACCUUCUCACAUCAACUUCAACAAUCCAGGUGGAUAUUAAUGAAAUACAGGAGUGGAUUGGUCAUACUUUGGUCUACUUUGCGGAAAAUCCACUUCCCGACGCUCUAACUGACAUUUUGGAGGGAACUGACACAAGCAAAGAAGUAUGGUGGGAAGAACUUUUCCACUCCAACACCAUUUUCUUGGCACACUUGAACAUUCAAUCCCGGAUCAAUAAGAAGUUGCAUUUAUUCCUGAGAGUCGAUGAAUCACGAAGUAUGUUGGAUGAAAUAAAGAAGAGAUUUCGCUCGUCAUACGAAACUGCCUGGCAGCAGCAAGACGAUGAAGAAGAUAAAAACGACGAGGUGGUGGAGGAGGAGGAGCAGGAGGAGGAGAAGGAGGAGGGCUGUUGUUUUGAGCGAAUAUCAAAUAAAAUUUUUGCUGCGAAUCACAGGGUUCUUGAGAAACUCGAUGGUGAUCUGGAUAAGAUCUGCGACGAGGCAAAUAGAAGAAUGCAAGAACUUCAGAGUGUAAAGCAAAAUAUUCAUGCAGUCCAAAAUUGCUGUCGACUGCUGGACUGGAUUCGUGCAAGUCAGAAAAAUUGCAUUAAUUGUGCUUCUUUUUUUAGUGAAGAAGGACUAUCGAAUAUCGAAUCUCCAUUUCAUAGGCUGUCGCUGAAAGCUUCAGCUGACCUAUAUCCAUUCCUAUUGAAUGAGCCAUUUCUCGUAGCGCUAGAAAAGGAGAUUGAUUUCAACAUAUCGGCUUCCUUGCCAGUACUUCAAGAUUUACAAUCAAAACUUCAGGCGGCUUCACCAUGGAGGGAUGUCUUGGAAUACGCAUUCAACUCCUGGAAUGAACUUAUAAAUGCUAGUAAAAUGAAACGCCUAUCGAUCGACACAGCUCAACGUCUACUUGCUCUGAAUGACGAGAUUUUAAGCACCCGUCUUUGGGUCAAAGACAAGAAGGGGCUUCUUUUGACAACUCGACAAACAAAAACCACUAUGGGAGAGAUCAUUCGAAUGGAAUGUAGAAUGGCUAAUUGGAAAAACGAUUUGAAUGCUCUCAAGGAACGUAUAGACCAAGUGUUUGAGGAAUCAGAGGCGUUACAGGUGUCUCUUGAAGAACUAGAAUCCCCACUAAGUGCUGAGGCUGAUAAUGGGGCCAAUGUUAAGGAGGCUAAAGACACACUUGAAAAAUGGAGCGAAGAGCUGAGGGUUGAAUGGCUUGAGUUCAAUACUUUGCUGGACGAUUAUCAAAAGGAUCUGGAGGAAACUUUGGCGCUUCAAAGUAUGCUACAGGAAUUGGAAGCGAUGAACACCCUACUCACUAGCAAGCAGAAUACAAUUACAUCCUUGGAACUCCCAACGUCAAUAGGUGAAAUAGACGAGCAAAAAGGAAUCUUUCGAUCGAUUGUCACUGAUCUUAAUGCCUCGGAUGACAAAUUGCAGAAACUAAUGGAAUAUGGGCGAGAACUAGCCGCUACUCAAGAGGAAGCUGUGUCAUCGGCGGUUAUUGAAAAGUUGGAAAAUCUCAACAAUGAGUGGAUAGAGGAAUUCAUACGCGAUGUUGACUCUCUCAAUGCUUUACUUAGUCGACGGGAAAACCAAAUAGAGGAGGCAUUUUACUUGCCUACAAUCGAUUGUAUUCAAGGAAAAAUAAACUCACAGAGGCAGGUUCUAUCAAUGAUUCGAGCUCUUUCAAACCAGGUGGAAGAAAUCAAUACAAGGGCGUCCAUCAAUAAAUUUGAAGACAAGUACCGAGUGAAGGCGGUAUCACUUGUAAAUAAAUACAAAGAUGUCGAGUCAAAGGCUGCAGUGGUUUUGGAUUUGCUGGUAUUCAGACUCACCGAAAAGGAAAACAUGAAUCAACUUGAAAGUUUAGAGGAAUGGAUUUUGGAACGGUUGGCUGCGGUAAAUGCGCAAUUUGCCACUUCAGAAACGGGUCUCAGGGAGCAGAAAGCGAUUCAUAAAUAUCACCUUUUCAGAAAUUUCGAGGCGGAAGUCAACAGCUACGAAAAUCUGGUGAACGAGACUUUCCAGAGUGUUAAAUUAAUCAAUGAGAGAUAUCCUAACUAUGCUGACAGUUUGAAAGAAAUUCUAAGGAAAAAUGAGGCGCUCUGGAAUGAACUGAAGACAACAGUGGCUAUUCAAGGAACCAAACUCAUCAAAGAAUAUCGUGCAAUAAUUAUACUGGAAGGCUGCGAGGAGUUGAUGGAAUGGCUGCAGAAAACUUCAGUGAAGAUAUUUGGUCACCAAAGCUACAACUACUUGAAAGGGGAUUUGUCACCUCACCCCAAGGCUUCACUAACUUGCCCAUCUGGGUCAAUGACCCAGUUAACCUCUGAGCAGUUAACUGAUUAUCUUUCGUCAAAGCAGAGACGCCGAUCUGUCUCCCAAAAUUGUGUCGACUACUUGUCCACUGGUUGUCGGGAUUUUGCGGAAAACUUUGAUCUCAGUGCCCUGAACUCCGCCAUUUGUAAACUUAAUGAAAUCAAAACGAAAAUGGGGACAAAAUGGGCAUUUUUACACGAAUUAGAGGAGCACUUUCAAUCGCUGCUGGAAAACAGGGGCAAGUUUGCGCAACACGGGAGAAUGCUGGAAGAGGUGUCUGCAAGAUUUGAAAAAGUGGAUUCAUGGCUCGCAACCUGCUUCUUCAAUGUCUCAGCUCAAAGAGAUGUUAUCAACGUUCUUAGAACUCUUAGUGAUGAGAUCCAGUGGAUGGAAGUGAAGCAAGUGCAGUUGGAAUCAGAAACUACGGCCCUCUCCCUACUCGAUGUGCAGAAACACACCACAAGACACCAGAAUCUCACGAAUGAAGUCAAAAGUCGCAAUUCCAGAAAUCAACCCUUGAUAAAUGUGUAAUUCCACAAAGUACAAACUCUUCAACUUCAAGAUGAGAAAGCUUAUUGCUCGGCGUUUAUAGUGGCUCACAAGGGUGUCUCCGAGGAACUGUUCGCAAAGAUCAGUAAAUUGAUAUUUCAUCAAGCUCUGAUUCACCGAGGUAUUGAAAUACGCCGUGGUGUCCUUGAUCACUGGCGAGCGUGGUUCAUUCAACAAAUGGAUCUGCUUGAGCUCUACAAUUGGCUGACAGAGACAGAGUCGACGGUGAUGACAGAAUCUCAUGCAGCAAGAGGAUUAGCUUCGGCAAAUGCUGCAAUCAAGAAGCAUUCUGUGGUAGAAGCUAUCGUGUCGGGAUUUCAGGCCCAAAGGCUAAGGCUUUUGAGUGCACGUACUGCCGAUCUACUUACUGCAAUCGAACGUAUGAUCAUGUUUGAGCAGGCACGAUUGAAUCGAUGUAUCAAUACCGCCUCUCUCUUUGUUGAAAUAGAAGAGGCCUCCAAGGCAAAGGUCUAUCGGCACAAACUCCGUCGUCGAAUUCACAUGCUAGAGAGAUCUAGUGGCAAAUUGCGUUCAACACAAUCCUCAGUUCAAAAGCAAUUCACAGAUCUUCGAGAUUUGGUGAUGGAGAAAAAACAUCGUCUGUAUGAACUUCUGGCUCUUAAUCGGCUGUAUGAGGAAGUUAGCGAUGUCGAGGAAUGGAUGUGGAGUAAAACAGAGGAGGCUUUAAUAGAAAAUACAGGCAGGGAUUUGGAAGAAUGUAUCAGGCUUCAACGAGAGUUUCGAGAGAUUCACCACAACAUUAUUCGAGAAGGUGCGACAGAUCAAAGGGUUGAAGAAUGCUUAACCUCUCGUCCUCCAGCGACUGAUUUCGCUCUGAUAGGCAAUUUGCCGCCACUCUCGGAUAGUCCUGAUCGACUUAUUCGUGCCGUCACCGUUUGCAGACAAAUGAUCAAAUUAAAGCACUCAGAUUCUCCCCAAAUCGCUCAAUGGCAAGACAGACUGAUUGAGGACUGGGGAGAAUUGAGAGAGCUCCUUGAAACUAGAGGAGAAUUGCUUCAAGCUGCUGGAAACAGACUUCUUUUGCUUAAUCGCUGUGAAGAGGUAGUAGCAGACUUGAACGAGAAAAUGCUCACUUUCCCAAAGGUGUUGGGAGCGGAUUCGCAGUCUCUAGCGAGGCAACAACGCCAACAGGCCAACUUCAGACAAUCUACUAUCCCAAUUGGAAAGAGGGUUAACUGGGUGGUCCGAGCGUCCAACGUGUUGUUGCCGCUUUAUGCUCAGGGAGAUGCAGCUGCAAUUCGAAGCCAAAAACAGAAAAUGCUCGAGGCUUGGGAUAAGCUCAAUGCCGCCAUUGAGACUCGAACUCGAAUGCUUAGGGAUGCUGAAUCACUCUCCAGGUGGCUUAUAUGGCUACAUCAUGGCUUGAGUUGGAUCAUCUCUGCUGAAAAUCUCAUUUCAACUGCAAAGGAAAUGGAGAAUGAGGCAAUUGAAGUAAACUGUAGGAGAGCAAUUUUACAAUACGAAUUGCCAAGGUUCGUGAAUCAGCACAAACAACUUUGGGAGGAGAUUAGCGCCUGGGAGUCGAGCAUUCUUUUCCACUGUGAAGAGGGGGCUGCAGAUAGCUUCAAUUGCCUCCUCGAAACCGACGAUUUUGAAGUGGACCCCACCUUCAUUGGAAUUCACAAAAUGCUGGCCAGAAAUGUGAAUCAACUCAAAGCUGAGUGCGAAGAUCUCCCAGCCAACGGCGCAUUAACCUCCGCAGUACAAAAGGCUGUUUUUGUGAUUCUUGGCGACGCGAAACCCCUUUUACCCUCGCAAGUUAAGAAGAGCGGAGCAGCGCUUCUCCUGAUUCAUUUUUAUCAGCUGAAAAUAAAUUGGUGGCGAUAUUGGCGACACUUGAAAGUCCUAUCUGUUAAAUUGGACAUUUUAAGGGACUUGCAAAACAUGGAAAAUUGGAUUGAAACCAUGGAGGCAAGAGUGGAAACCGAUGAUCUAGGCGAGAGCCUAGAGGAGACAAUGGCGCUGCGAGAGGAGCAUAGCAAGUUCUCACGUGCAGUGGCCUUUCAAGAGGAGAAGUGUAGACGUCUGGCAGAAUUUGAAAUAAAUCAGUUAGAAGAAUCGGACCCUGACUGGGAGAUGGGCUUGGAAAGGCAGAUGGUGGAGAAUUUGGAAAGGAGUCCAAGAAAUGAGAGUCGAGUUCGUAUAAAUGCACGAGCCGAAGGAACUGGAUGCUAUGCCACUGUUGAGUGUGAUAUUAACAAAUCUUCACGUUUUCGGGGUUUCUGCCUUGAGGCGACAGGUCAUGCUCGUAAGCGUCUUGAAGGAGUGCUCUAUCGGAAAUUCCGCGGUCAACGUUUAUCCGAUCGUGGGAAACGAUCAAGUCGUUGGCAGAAGUGCUUCGCUGUCCUGAAUCCAACCACUAUUUCUCUUCAUGUACUUGAUAUAAGUAGCACAUCAGAUAUCAAAAGAACUUGGAGAGCAGAAAAUGUUGAGAAAGACCGAAGGAUACCGCUAUGUCGUGAAUUAGCAACUACGCUGGUGGAACAGAAAGGAGGCGUCAGAUGCGCUUUCAAAAUUCAUAAUCUCGAAACUGGCGACUCCUUUGCAUUUAAAGCCAAGACUAAAGAAUCUGCUGAGAAAUGGGUGAGAGCUCUAAAUGAUGCCUCCUCAAAGGCACCGCCAUUAGAGCAAUGCGAACAGGAACAACUAUCUGCGAAGGACACCGGGACUCGUGUUAUCUCCUAUUCCUUCAGCUCAGAUCACAAAUCCCAGUCCACUUCCUGUCUGCCCAUUCGUCGACUGAUCACAUCGAAGAGGGCGCGUCAUCGAAAACACAAUCACUAUCUCACAAGGUGUCGAAAUAUCUCAGGCUCAUCAACUUCGUCUUUUGAUCCUGAAGAGGCGGCACUCCGGUCUCUUGGCCCACAUUCUCUUCUCUCUUCACUCGGAAUGCCUUCUGUGGAGAGUGGAUCUCAGUCUCGAGCGUUAGUUGCGUUGAUCCUUCCUCUUAGAGUUCUGAGAAGACGUGUCAUGAGGCAUACCCAUAUGACCAGCUCAACCUCUCAUCAGUCUCAUUUCAGUGCUGAUGCGGUGCUGACAGGCGGAAGUAGUUCUGGAGGCGUUGGGGCUGUUAGCAGCGGUGUCGGUGAAAAGUUGAGCAGUGAUGAAGAAGAUGAGUCGUCCAUUGAAGAGGAGUCACGCUUUAUUGAAUCUACUGAUGAUACAACGGGUGAAAAAGAUAAUCGAGCAGGCGAAGUAGAAGAAGAAACGGAUAUUGAUGAAAUCGACGAGUUUUCGUAG